AUGAAGAUUAGAAGAAGGAUUAAGGGAAGCUUUUGGUUCAGCGAAUUGUGGAGCAAAUUAGAGAAGGAAGAGUUAGGCGGAAGCUUUGGUGCAGCAAGAAAAGCAGUUAAAGAAGUGGAACGAAGUGCUCGAGGUGACGUGUUUGGUAUUCCUGCACGAAUCUCGAGAAAGAAAGCAAGGAAAUCAUCUGGUAGAAUAGCAAACAAACAAAGGCCAACAGAAGGUGAUGAAGAAUGGCAAGGUCCUCCACCCUGGGAUGUGACCUCCGGUGGGGAUGGGUCCCCUAAGUUUCUAUGUGAUGUGAUGGUUGAAGGAUUGGCGAAACAUUUAAGAUGUGUUGGCAUUGAUGCUGCUGUUCCUUAUUCAAAGAAGCCUCAAUCAAGGGACUUAAUAGAACAAGCAUGUAAAGAGAAGAGAAUACUCUUAACACGGGAUGCAAAACUUCUGAGGCAUGAUUAUCUCUUAAAAAAUCAGAUAUACCGGGUGAAGAGUCUUCUAAAGAACGAUCAGUUGGUUGAGAUAAUAGAAACCUUUCAAUUGGAAAUCUCUGAGGACCAGCUGAUGUCAAGGUGCACAAAAUGCAAUGGUAAGUUCAUCCAAAGACCUCUGACAACCGAAGAAGCUGUUGAAGCAGCUAAGGGAUUUCAGGUGAUUCCAAACUGCUUGUUUAACAAGAAUUUGGAAUUUUGGCAAUGCAUGGAUUGCAAGCAACUUUAUUGGGAGGUAGGCCUUCAGUUGGUACUUUAUUCCAUCAAAUUUUGUUGGGUUCUGUGUACUGCACCAGAUACUAUUUCCCUGCACUUCCCCCUAAUGUAGAGAAAUAGAGAUAUAUACAAUUGGAAUGGAACUUGUAGUGGAUUUUUCCCCUGCCAUCACGCAUGUUUACACAAUGAAAACUGUUUUUAUGUGUGACAUUUCUG